AUGAGGUGUUUCUAUUUCAUUUUAUCAUCACUGUGCAUGAUUAAAGUUAGAGGGGAAAACGAAAACUACGAUGUUCGAUUGGUUGGCGGAGAUGAGAAUGAAGGACGUGUGUCGGUUUACUUAAAUGGGAAAUGGGGAUUCGUGUGCCACGAUGAUGCCUGGGAUGUUAAUGAUGGGAGAGUUGUAUGUAGACAGCUCGGAUUUGACCUUAAAAAUAGCAUCCCUGUAGUUGUCAAAUCGGGGGUAGAUCCCCACUACAAAAACUACCGUGGUGUUACACACCUCGCAAAUUUAGACUGCGAUGGAAGUGAAAGCUCUAUAAAGGAAUGCAAACAUACUACUGGGCGUGCCCAUUGCCACCGAGCGAAAAAGAUACCUGCUGUUGUCGCAUGUAAGACGCCAAUGAGGAUAAGAGGAGGCCCCUCAAAUUCAACAGGUAGACUAGAGAUCUACAAGAGAGGUGAAUGGAGAUCUUUUUGCGGAACAACCCUUGACUAUGAGCCAAAAGCUCUCAACUUUAUUUGUUCAAUGGCUGGAGUUGAAGCAAAAAAUCCUAUGGUCGUGGGAGCAAAUGCAUUUGGACAGGUCCUUAGGCCAUAUUGGAUUUUUAAUCAUGACGUAACAGCUCAAGGGGUGAUAUUUUAUCAUGAUGGUAGAAAGUGUACUCAUGAGGUCACCCGAUACUUAAGUAUCGUUUGUCAAAGAGAUGAAUGGGAUAUUGCUUCAGAGGUCCGUAUUAUCGGAACACGUGAUUAUUAUGGGAAAGUUGAAGUCAAGCAAUAUGGAUACUGGGGAGGAGUGAGUCAAAUUACAGGAAAUCUUUACAAAGUCGUGUGCAAACAAUUGGGCUUCAAUCCAAAGAAUGCUUUUAAAAUGCAACGUCCCUAUUGGCCAUGGCGACCUUUAAACCCAACAUUUAGGAAUUUCUUUUACUGUACAGGAAAAGAAGCGACAAUAAAAGAUUGCGAACAAAGCAAGUGGGUCGAAAUGGAGCGUAGGGUCUCUGAGUGGACAUAUAUAUUACACGUGACAUGUGAUUUUCAAUUGCGAUUAGUUGAGACCAAGCCUAGAUCAAGAGCUGGUAGGGUUGAAGUCCUACAUGAAGGAAUGUGGAAAUCAAUUUGCCGUGCUCUUGAUCCAAAAGGAGCGGUGGAAGUUUGUAAACAUUUAGGAAAGGAUUGGAAAUUCGCACAACCGAUAAAUUUAAAUAAUAUUAAAAACUUACCCAAGAAUAACCAUUCGCUGAUCCUUGAAUUAGCAAGAUGUUAUUAUUAUUCUGAUGACUAUGGUGUAUGCGUGAAAUCAACGUUCAAAUCAUGCUCUAAAAAAGAUGAUUUGGAAGCAGGAGUUUCCUGUAGGAAAAAGCUAUUUAGUGAUCCAAAACCGACUAAUGAAAUUCGUUUAGAACACGGAUCAAAUGGCGCUUUGGAAGUAAAAGACAGUUUUGGUGAAUGGUUCCCUGUUUGUGGCACCAACUGGACAACAGGGGCUUCACAGGUUGUUUGUAAUCAAUUGGGCUUUAAAGCUCACUUUGGCUUCACCCUUAAGCCAUACAGAAUAGCUAAUGAUUACAACAGGCAAAUCAUAACUAACUUAAACUGCAAUGGAACCGAGAAAAGUUUGAGUGAAUGUUCAUACACUGAAUGGACGGCGCUGUACGGGAGUGCAAGUGCUUGGCAUAAGGAACGCGCAUUAGAGUGUGGAGCAAACGGGAUACAGUUAUCAUGCGUUGACACAUCAAUGAAGCCUCGAUUAGUUGGAGGACAUACCAAUACUACUGGUCAACUUGAAGUAUGGUAUAAGCAAACAUGGAAAAAGGUUUGCAUCGUUGACGGAUCGAGCGCGUAUACAUUACGAAGUAAUAGAAUUGCAGUAAUUACGUGCAUUAGUUUGGGGUAUAUGUAUGGUAGAGUAGGAACAUAUGGUCCAUUUAACCAAAAGAAAGAACCAGGCCGAAUUAAAAAAGGCAUUUCACUUCUAUGCGGAAAACAUGAUGUUCUGCACAUGUGUAAUGUUACAAGAGCGGAUUGUGAAGAUAACAAUAUGUAUAUUUCUUGUUUUAACCAAGAACCAGAAUUUACCGAUUUCGUUGACAUAAAAGGGCAAUAUUAUAUCUUUCGCCAGUACUAUAUCCUGGGAGGUGGACUUCUACGGCUUAAUGUUCCAGGUGUAAAUAAGACUUUAUACAUUUGUGCAAAUGGAUUGAGCAUCAACGAAGCAAAGGUGGCCUGUCGACAGCAAGGGUUUGAUCCAAAGGAUGCUGCAGUUGACACAUUCUCCAAGUAUACUUGCCGUUAUCACUCCAUGGAUGUUUUUUAUAUGAGUGAUCUUAUUUGCAAUGGUGAUGAAUACAAUCUCGCUGACUGCUCAUUCAAAUAUGAUGAUGAUGUAUCAUGCCGUGGUAAAGCAAAGGCAAGUGUUAUAUGCGAGGAGGUUAAUGUCCGACUGGAACGUGGUAAAACUGCAAACUCGGGACUGAUUGAGAUUCAUGUUGACGAAAUGUGGAGAAAGUAUGGAAUUCGAUCACUUUUCACGAGCGGAAUCACUUCGAGUAGAACAGUCUGUUUGGACCCCAGUAGACGACACACUCAAAGUUACAAAAUGCAGAAAUCAAUGAUCGUAAUCUUGCUGGUAGUUGCAGCUGUUAAUGGAUGGAAAAAAAUCCCUGACAAAGACUGCCAUAUCCUUGGGAUGCCAGAUCAGCCUCUAUGCUCAACUGUUACAACAGGGAAGUGUUGUUACUCAGAAUAUGGUUCAAUGGGAUGUACAGCGGAGAAACCUUGCUGUUUUGAUAAAUCUACCAAUCCAUUGGUGCACAGAUAUUGUAGAUGAAUAAAGUCAAUAAAGGAAAUGUGAAUUGUGAAAACUGUAAAUUGUUCCUGUAAAUGCAAUUGCUAGCUAAGAUUUAAUACUGAGACU